AUGGCGUACUACGAGGAUCGCCGAUACGCACCGCGCGACCGCUACAGCCGCCCAGCCACUUAUGCUGAUCCGUACGAUGAUCCGAGGGGUCAUUAUGCAAGGCACGAUCGCGACUACGGCCGUCGAGUCAGCGAUGACUCCAUCGAGGAAGUGCAGCGCGACUACCCUCCAGACUCAGAUUACGUCUACGAGCGCACUUCCCGUCGGCCCAGGACUUCACGUCCCGUCUAUGAAAAUGUGCGACGGGCGUCCUCGGUCAGCGGUUACGAUCCUCACUACGAUGCUGCGUACUCUCGCUCGUCUCGUCCUCGUCGCUCUAGACAUUACGAGGACAAGCGUAUGUUACUCUCCACGCUGACUUUUAUCGGAGGAUAUAUGCUUACUAUUACACCAGGCUCUCGUCGCUCCAAGUAUGAUUCUGAUUCUUCACCAAGUCGCUCUCCACCGCGCCAUGGCCGUCGCAAGUCUUUCAGCGAGCAAGCCCUCGGUGCGCUUGGUCUCGGCGGCGCUGCUGCUUCUGGUAGUCGUGGACGUUCCAAGUCUCGCCAUCGCAACAGAUCCUAUUCUCGAUCGCCAUCUGAUUCACGCAGCCGCAGUCGCCAUCGUGGUAGUGGUCGCAGUGGCCGUGAGCGCAGUGAGCAGCGUAUUGCUCAGGCUGCUCGUGCUGCUCUGACUGCUGGUGCCAUUGAAGCCUUCAAGCAACGCAAAGAGCCCGGUGACUGGGCUGGUGCGAAGGGAAAGCGUAUCCUUACUGCUGCCGUCGCUGCAGGUGGUACUGAUGGUCUUGUUGAUAAGGAUCCCAAGAAGCACGGCACUCGCCAUGUGGUCGAAUCUACCCUUGCUGGUCUUGCUGCUAGUCAUUUCGUUGGCGGCGGAUCACGCUCACGCUCCCGCGGUCGAAACAGUCGCGGUGGCUCGAGCAGUGGUCUUAAGAAUCUCGCUGCAACUGGAGCCAUUGCUGCUGCUGGAAAGGAAGUCUAUGAUCGAUUCUCCCGAUCUCGGUCUCGACCUCGCGGUCGUGCUGACUCCCGCAGUGAUGAUGAGCGUGGCUCUGGCUCCCACAAGCGCAGCAAGAGUGUCUCUGACUACAUCAGCAAGGGCAUGGCCGCCCUUGGACUUGGAGAACAAGAACGGAGCAGAGACAGACACCGGGACCACAGAGAUAGCAGAGACCGGCGUCAUCGCCGCGACCGACACGAUGACUAUUCCGAUUCAGAUGCAGACAGCGAUUAUUACAGCCGGGACUCGAGACGGGGCAGAGGCUCGAGAGAUGUAGGUCGACACCGUUCUUUGGACGGAAAGAAUCCCCCUUAUGCACCCCUCAGCGCACCGCGCGGCGAGAAUGGAGCCCGAUCCAAGGAUUGCGGCCACCACUCAAACUCCGAGAGUGAUUCUGACCUAGGCGACAGUUCUGAUGAGAAGAAACAACGCAAGAAGCUGAAGCGGGAUGUGCUUCUGACCUCGGGCUUGGCCAGUGUGGCUACCAUCCACGCUGCGCACGGUCUAUACGGUAGUAUGGAGAAGCGGAAGAAACGAAUGCAACAGUUGAAGGAGGGAGAGAUCACACCAGAGGAGGCUCGCAAACGCCGCAUCAAAGCUAACUCCCUGGACGCUGUGAGCAUUGGUCUUGCUGCCCUCGGUAUCAAGGGCGCUUAUGGUGAAUGGAAGGAAGUCAACGAGAAGCGCAAGGAGAAUAAUCAUUUCCAGGAGGAGUGUGCCCACCGUGCCGUCAAGCGUGAGAUGCGCCGUGCCCGCAGCCAGGGUGGUGGUUCUCGUCGAAAGAACCGCUGGCCUGAUGAGAUUGAAUAUGCACCUUCAACAGCCGACCUCCACGACCGAACACCUGUUUAUCAUGAUGGCAAUCCUUAUGGGGUGACGGAGGCUCCGCAGAUUUCUUACUAG